AUGUCUGGCAGAAACGGUCAUAUAAUUAGUCAGAGUAAUGUAAAGAGCGAACCGUCGGUUUCAACUUGCCUACCGGAUAGGAAGACUUCAAGUUUGGACCACAGUGGGCCAUCUGUACCAACUAUGUUAGCAUACGUUGAUUUUCGCCCAUGGUUUAAAGGAUGGGAUCAACUUGACAUAAAUGAUCAGGACAAAUUGAAGGACCUAGUAACAUUUGAUUCCAACAAUCAAAUUGACUAA